GUGCGCUACGCUCCUCCCCCGUAGAGCACCAGUUGUGUGCAAUGAGAAGGAGCGUUUUUAAAAUCUCGCCUUUAUGACGUCCCGCCCCGUCGCAUUUCGGCUUUAGACCCUUCCCUUCCCUUCCCGCACUCUGCCUCCUUGGAAACCUUCUCCACGAUCACCACUCCCCCCCACGAUCCUUACCCUCCUCGCGUGCCAGCUCGUGCGUCGGGCUCCUUUAGUUUCUCCUUUACCAGUCUUCGAUUCCUCGACCCCGAAAACUUCGAAACACACUUCUGGAAAACACGAUUCGCGGAAUGCUCGUCGAGUAACGCCGGGCCCAGCACUUUCACAAACAGCCAAAGCGAACGAGCGCGCUCGCCGGGUUGCGCUGACUAGGUGAUGCCGUCAGCGCUGCUGGAACAUGCCUCUAUGUCGGAGGUUGCACCAAACAACCAACGAAAUGCUGCGCGACCGAAGCCAGACACGAGGGCCCCUCCCGUGUGCCCGACCGACGACGACGAGACGGUAGCCGUUAGGAAGCAGACGCGGACGUUCGACUAUGUCUGGCGUUCUGGCGUCGCGGGAGGCCUGGCAGGAUGCGCUGCAAAGACGGUUGUCGCACCUCUUGACCGAGUCAAGAUUCUGUUCCAGGCGAGCAGUCCGCAAUUCGCAAAGUACACUGGGUCGUGGUUCGGUGUCGUGACGGCAAUGAAGGACAUCCGCUCCCACGAAGGCUUCACGGGGUUGUAUAGAGGACACUCGGCCACUCUCCUUCGAAUCUUCCCCUACGCCGGAAUCAAGUUCCUUGCGUACGAGCAGAUCCGCUCCAUGAUUAUCCGGAGGCAAGACCAAGAGACGCCCUGGCGCCGGCUUAUCAGCGGCUCACUGGCGGGCAUCACAUCCGUCUUUUUCACAUAUCCCUUGGAGGUCAUUCGGGUCCGGUUAGCGUUUGAGACAAAACACGGCGGUUCCUCAUUAUCCGCGAUUUGCCGGCGGAUCUACAACGAGCGUUUUGUGCGGACGUCCCCCGCCUCGCAAGCGGCUGGCACCUCGGCAACUGAGGCGGCCGCCUCCGCCGUCACCGCCGUUGCCCCGCGCUCGGGUCUGAUCAACUUCUACAGAGGCUUCACCCCGACCAUGCUGGGCAUGCUCCCUUACGCCGGCAUGUCCUUUUUGACGCACGACACGGCCGGCGACGUUCUCCGCCACCCCAAGCUCGCGAAAUGGACAACGCUUUCGCGGCCGGAGAACUUGCCUGCGGGCAAGCCCACGCCGCUGCGAUCGUGGGCCGAACUACUCGCCGGUGGUGUUGCCGGCCUCAUCUCCCAGACUGCAUCGUACCCGUUGGAGGUCAUUCGUCGGAGAAUGCAGGUCGGCGGCGCCGUAGGCGACGGCCACCGACUGCGCAUCGGCGAGACGGCCGCCAUGAUUUUCCGGGAGAGGGGUAUGCAGGGGUUCUUCGUGGGCUUGACUAUUGGCUACGUCAAGGUUGUGCCCAUGGCAGCGGUCGCCUUUUACACGUACGAGAGAUCCAAGAUCUGGCUGGGAAUUUAGACUGCCUAUUCUCUGUUGUGUGGGUUGCUGUUUGAGUUUGGCGUUGUUGGAACACUGGGACAAACAAGCAUUUUUUGGGAGAAUUUUCUUAGUUUUCGAUGAAAUACGCGGGUUAGAGAAGCAUGUCUCUUAGGACCAAACCAAAGGAGUAAGGAGGAGCUUUAGAAUGGCGGCUGUUCUGCACAUACCAAUCAUCCAAUAUAUUUCUGAAGUUGUUGCGCUACACGCCAA